GCUGAACUGUCCCGGAAGGCGUUUGUUCAGGGAGGAGCAGUAAGAGCAGCAGGAAACACUUCACUGAUAAUCCUCAACCACUGAGUCCAUACACAGACCUCGAAAGCGAGGUGAACUCAAUUCGAGCUUGCUCUUCUUCACCGCCUGCUGGGGUUUUCCUCUUCACCUCAGGAUAAUUGCGCAAACCCGCUUGAAUCGUGGACAGUGCCGGGACAUCGGGCCGCGGUGAAUCAGGUGGCUGAGGAGAAGCGGUGAGAGAGGGCAGCGUGAGGUCCCUGUUCGUCCAGGGACGAUGAAGAGGUUCAGGCGUCAUGGGCAUGAGUCUCAGAAGGACAAACACAAACAGGAUCUCUAUCAGUUCAACAAGACUGUAGAACAUGGCUUCCCCCAUCAGCCCAGUGCUCUGGGAUUCAGCCCCAGCCUGGAUCUCCUGGCCAUCGGUACCAGAUCAGGAGCAAUCAAACUGUAUGGAUCUCCAGGUGUGGAGUUCAUGGGACUGCACGACGAGAAUGCAGCAGUUACACAAGUGCACUUCCUGCCAAACCAGGUGGAGAUGGUAACAUUACUCGAUGACAACAGUCUGCACAUGUGGACGCUUCAGGCCCAUAACGGCAUGUCUGAGUUGCUUGAAAUAGGACGUUUCACUCUCUCUGGUCCACCUGGAGCCCCUCCCAGUGUUAACGCGGGUCACUGCCGUCCUGGCACACUCAUCGGGCGAGCUGCUGCUGCUGGGCACGGAGGGAGGACAUGUGUUUGUUGUGGAAGUGCCAGGCUUUCAGAGAGCUGGAGGAGAACAACAUCAGCGUGGAGAAUGUACAGAACAGAAUUCCAGAGGAUUAUGUUGGCCGCAGAAAUCUGGAGUGUGUGGAGACUCUGCAUGAAAAACCCGCUCAACCCAAGGCAGGUGCUGAUUGGCUACAGCCGAGGCCUGAUGGUACUGUGGGAUCUGGACAGGCAGCGUCCCAUCCAGCACUUUCUCGGCACACAGCAACUAGAGAGUGUUUGGUGGAUGGAGGACGGUGUGAACAUACUCAGUUCACAUAGUGAUGGGAGCUACUGCCAAUGGGACAGUGACCGGCGAGGAUCCACAAAACAGAGCCUGAGAAACAGGAGACGCCGUAUGGUGAGACCACUUUACCGGAACGACUUGUGUUCCAAAACCUACAAAAGAAUAUAAAAAAAAAUCUCACUGACAUCAAACUU